AUGGAAGUAUUUGUGAAACAUGAAGAAUUACUUAUGAAACAGAGACAAGCAUACGAGUAAAAACUUAAUAAUGUGUUUGAUCGAAAUUUGCAACUGGAAGAGAAGGAUAGGAGUAUGCAUGAACAAAUCUUAUCAUCAAGAUAUCAGAAUGAAUAGUUGAAAGUAUAGCAAGAGAAGUUGAAGCAAUUACAGGAAUUAUAGAAACAAAAGAAAGAUAAAAAACAAGCAGCAAAUGAGUUAUGGUAAUUAGAACAGAAAUAACAUGAGAAAGAAAUCCAAUAAAAGUUGUUUGAAAUUCAAUAAAAGAUCAAGUACGAGGAAUUCAAAAGGAAAACCGAUGAAUUGAUGAAUCAACUGGACGAUAAUUUAAGGAAUCUAAAUCUGCGUUAUUUAGAGAAACAAGAGAGGAAGGAGAAAUACUUAAAUGAUUUCUUAACUUAAAAGUAAUAGACUUUGAAUACAUCCAUGCAGAUUACUGAAUCUCAUCAUUAAAAUGUUUAUUCUAAUUACUAAUAAUAAAUGAAAAGAAUAUAAGAAAUUUGUUAAUUGAAAUUGAAAAAAUAUGAAAAUAAAAUCAAGUUAAUCAAUCAAUAGAAGUUAUCCCAAAUUGACUAACUCACCUAGAAGGCUCAACAAAGUUUUGAACAUCAGGAGGGCAUCAAAUAUCGAUCACAUCAGAUAUUCCAAAACAAAUUGUCGAAGGUACAAAACAAGAUGAAUUACUUCUAAGACAAGAUCAACUAAAUUGAAAAGAAGAGAUUACAACAGUUAUAAAUGAAUUAUCUAUAGGAGUAGGAGUUGAAUCAAAAGAGAAAUGAUGUUAGAGCCAAAUCCGAAAAUAUUUAUAGGAAUAAAUCUCUUAACAUUCUGAACAAAUAUUUGGAGAAGGAGAAAUCCUUUCAAUAGGUGCAAUCGUAGAAUCAGAUUGAAUUACAAUAGAAAUUGCAGAGAUUAAAUGAAAAAUGGUAAACACAUUAGAAUUAAGUUCAAAAGGCUGAUCAAUUGAAACAAUCCUAUUUUUCAUCAUUGGAACAAAAGAUGACCUAGAGAGAUCAGAGAUUGCAAGAUUAAAUAUAAAAUAAAUUGGAUGUUCAAAAGAGAAGAUUAAAAGUCAUUGAAGAUAUGGAGAGACAAAAACGAGAUCUAUUACUUAAAUUGGAACAAGACAAAGUUCCAUUUACAAAUACUUCUGAAAUGAAAUAUUUGUAUAGCACUCCCAAAUAAUAGCAAUCUAAAUUGUUUAUUACAUGA